CUGCAAAGAAUGGUCUUUAAACAGAGAAACUACCGGCGGCCAUGAACAACAGAACUAAGGCAUGCCAUCAUCUGGGGCAUUGUGCUGCCAAAAGCAAGGGGAUGGCUCAUAGUGCCAUAGGCCAGCGUCUGGUCGCCUGCCUGCUCAAUGUCUCAGAAGCCCGCAGGAAGGAAUUGGUGGAAACAGUGGCCAGGGCAGCUGUAUUUGACAGUAAUGGCGGACGGCGAGAAGGGACAACAGUGCUCAACAUCUUUAAUGAUCACGACUACAACCGGUCUGUCAUCACCAUCGUGGCCAGUAUUGACUGCAUUAAGGAGGCAGUGCUGUCUGCGUGUGAGCAGGCCUGUCGAAUGAUUGACAUGAGUGCCUAUGCAGGCGGCCACCCAACGAUGGGCGCUGUGGACCUGGUGCCCCUCUACCCUCUGGGAGAGGAGGUGGGACUGGGGGACUGUGCCAAGGAAGCUAGAGCGGUGGCUGCUGGGCUGACUGAACGGGUCAGUGGCACCAGUGCUUUCUUCUUUGGUUGGGCAGACUCACCCCAGCACCGAGGCCUGGCGCAGAGACGCAAGGAGAUGGGCUGGUUCAGGAAGAAUCCAGACACAGGAGCCAGCCGACCAGACGUGGGGCCCCUGCCACAGAAACGAUAUGGCCUCACAGGUGUCGGAGCUAGUCCCUACGUCAUGAACUGCAACGUCACCAUCGACACCCAGGACCUGGCUCUAGGGCGCAGCAUCGCCAUGUCGAUUAGGGAUUCUACUCCUGGGGGAAUACCGGGGGUGCAAGUGCUGGCCCUGCCACACGAGGGUGCCGUGGAGAUAGCCUGCAAUGUGGAGAGCAUGAAGGGGAACCCUCCUAGCCAGGUUGGGGAGAGGGGCGAGCCGUGGCCCACCUUCAGUAUUGGUGGGCAGCCAUACUGCCACGCCCCAGAAUCUCUUAUCACAGCCAGGGUGGCAGAGCUGGCAGGACGGCAGGGGGUGGCCACUAAGGGCACAGCACUGGUGGGGUUCACGCCCUAUGAGUGCAGAGGCCUGGCAGAGAAAGCUUUGUCAUUGGGCAUCGCUGAGUUCUGGAAAGAACUGCGCAGGUUACACAUGUAACCUUCCAAACUUUACUACAAAACCUCAACAUGUUGUAUUAUUCAGGUUGAUUGAACGAAGAAUGUAAAAGGACAUGCAAGCUGUUAUCGGCAAGGUUUAAAGCAUAUGAAUUGCAGAAAUGCACGACUAUUACACAACAGUUUUGAAUCUGUGGGCUCUGGAUUUGAUGUAGCACAUUUGAACAAGGAUAUUGUACAGAGAAUCUCAUUUAGUGUGGUGAUCAUGGUUGAAAACUUCAAUGCCAUAGACCUUAACUGUGAUCAUCUUAAUAUAAGUACUCAUCAAGACACAAAGGGACAAAUUACCAAUUUGGAGUUGAGGUAAUACUUUUUUGUAAAUCAUUUAACGAUGUCAGUGGGAUACCUACACAAUUAAUUUUGUUAAGCAUGCAUAUCCCAAGUCAGAGUAACACUGAAAGUGCUGCAAAAUGUUGCAAUUUAUUGUUCUAUUAACAGGUUAAUCCUUCUUUAUUUGACUUUAAAGAAUAAACAUGACUUUAUUAUAACUUUA